CUUAGUCAUUGUGGCCUCUGUCGCUAUGCUCGUUAGCCGUGCGUGGAAUAUCCCUGUCAGGUGGGAUGGGCGGACUUUGGAGCAAUGUCAUAGGGACAUGAUGUCAGCAUUGAGAAACAGGUUUGGCCGUCGUGCCUCAGGUGAUCGGAGCUGUCUAGCGCAACUGGUUCAUGCUCCUGACUGGAAUGAUGAAGUGAAUCGAUGGGUCGAAGAAACUCAAGACCGUUGGAACGCCGAAAUGAAGCGCCUUCGGGAAGAAAUGUUCUCCCUGGUGCCCAUGGACUUAUUUGGAGUCAGUCCAAGUGAUUUCUUCGAACCGUAUGGCGAUGUGCACUCUGUACUCAAUCGCAUGGAUCAUCAAAUGCGUGCACUGACUCAACACAUGGAACAAGAGGCCAAUCAGGCUGCAUCAACAGAAGGAGGAAAGUCGGGACCGCUGGCUCCACGGACUAGUAGCAGCUCGCUUGAUUUCCUCAAAGACGCCUAUCAACUUGGUGAAGAUGGCCGAGUUCAUUUCAAGGUUCGAUUCGAUCUACAGGGCUAUGGGCCGGACGAUAUCAAAGUGUCCACAUCUGACAACGGUGUGACCGUGCACGCGAAGAAGGUUGUCCAAACCGAUCGGGCUUUAAGCAGUCGAGAGUACUCCCGAACAAUCUACAUACCCAAGUCGGUUGACAAGAAUCAACUGGAGUGCCAUCUUACCGAAGACGGUGUGUUGAUGCUUGAAGCUCCAGUGAAGACGGCGGACUAUAAGUCGAUAACUUUCGACCGUGAUCGCCAGUUAAGCAUCAAACCACACUCGGAGACUGAGGUCGGACAAAAGCGAAAAUCCGAAGAUGCAUUAGCCAUCCAACCAACUGGUGUUCUCGGACCAACUGUUCUAAAGGACGACAAGUCUGGAGGCGAAAAGUUGCAUGUGGAGAUCCCAGUCGACCCGGAAUUCACUGCCGACGACUUGUGUGUACGAAUGGACGCAAACCGCGUAGUGGUAUCCGGUAAAAAGAAGACUGUGGAUAAAACUGGCAAUUCGAGUAGCACCUUUAUCAAGGAGUUUUCACGUUCAUAUGAUGUGCCACAAACGGUUGACACGUUCUCUGUCAAUGCUCAGCUGCAGGGGGGCAAACUCUUGGUAGAGGCACCCUUGUUGCGUCCUUCUACUUCACAAUAAACAUUUAAAAUUUACUCAAUUACAUGCAUAAGACUUUCAUUCUUUUGCAAUAUAUCCUUUUGCGUACAACGCAGCUUCGUGUCUCCGAAGUUCCGUAGAUGUUAGUACGUGAAGCGAAACAACUUUUCUGCUGUAAAUACCAUAUAGGUGCUAUUAUCGGUCUUUUUAUAACGAGGAUGAUCAAGCGCAUUGGCGACUUCAAUGUAAAAAGGUCCCCGGAAGAAUUAAUUCCCUCUGCUUAGGUUCAUUUCUGUUAUGACAUGCGGUGCUCUCUCCUAGACUUUCGGAGUGGGAGUGAUCCGUUCCCCUGUGAGUAUACUAUUCUCUCGUAAAAUUAGCAUUCUCUUGGGCGAUGUUUAGCACUAGUUUUUUGUACGAAAAU